UACCUCGCUGGCUGUCGGCGGCCGGGAGCGGGCACUGGGCGACUCACUCAUCGGCCGUCGCAGUCAACGGCUGGCACACACGUCAAGCGCCCUAUGCCCCGACAACGGCCAAGCCCAGGAACAAGCCCACUUGCCCACAGAACCGGCAUGCAAAAUUCCACGUGAAACUUGGGGGCACAAAAUUUUCCCGGACAGCAGCCAACUCGAAAGGAAGUCGGGCUAGUUAGGUGCUUCGGCAAAGCAUAGCUUUGCGUGUGUUCGUCACAGGCCGCUUUUACAUGUGCUUCGUGCGUGGCGUCCCGUGCAUUGCAACGUCAACAUGACUCGGAUACUGCCUGUCGCCGUCGCGUUGAUCUUCUUCGUGGGUCCCAUAAAGAGCGCGGAAGUUUACACCGACCAAUUUGUGGUUCACGUCGAAGGAGGUGCCGAGCUGGCUAAGGAGCUGGCGAACAAGCACGGCUUCGAAUACUUGGGACAGGUGUUUGGGGACCAUUAUCAUCUACGGCAUAAACGCAUCGCCAAGAGGUCUUUGAGGCGAAGCGAGGAGCACCACAGGAGUCUAGAACAAGAGCCAAGUGUUCGGUCGUUUUCGCAACAGACCCUGAAGCGGCGCAGCAAACGUGAAUUCCGCGAAACCGUCCUCAACGAUCCACGAUGGUCGGAAAUGUGGUACCUGAACCGCGGCAAGUCGUUGGACAUGAAUGUCCAGAACGUGUGGAAGAGAAACAUCACUGGGCGCGGCGUGGUAGUCACCAUCUUGGACGAUGGACUCGAGAAGGACCACCCGGACUUAGUCGAAAACUACGAUCCCCAGGCCAGCUGGGACAUGAACAACCACGAUCCUGAUCCUCAACCGAGAUACGACCUGGUCGACUCGAACCGGCACGGUACGCGCUGCGCGGGUGAAGUGGCGGCCGUGAAGAACAAUUCAAUAUGUGCGGUUGGCGUGGCUUUCGGUGCGGGCAUCGGAGGCGUGCGCAUGCUGGACGGAGACGUGACUGAUGUAGUGGAGGCGCGAUCGCUGGCACUCAACAACCAGCACAUCGACGUGUACAGCGCCUCGUGGGGUCCUGACGACGACGGCAAGACGGUGGACGGGCCGGGCGAGCUGGCCACGCGGGCGUUUCGCGAAGGCAUUGAGCGCGGCCGCGGCGGCCUCGGCUCCAUCUUCGUGUGGGCCUCUGGCAAUGGGGGCCGCGAGCGGGACAACUGCAACUGCGACGGCUACACCAACGCCAUCUGGACGCUGUCCAUCAGCAGCGCCACCGAAAAUGGCCUGGUGCCCUGGUACAGCGAGGCCUGCUCUUCCACCCUUGCCACCACGUACAGCUCGGGAUCAACGGGCGAAAGGCAAAUCAUCACGACUGACUUGCAUCACGGUUGCACCUCCACUCACACGGGAACGUCUGCAUCAGCUCCUUUAGCGGCUGGCAUUUGUGCCCUCGCACUUGAAGCUAAUCGCCGGCUCACAUGGAGAGACAUGCAACACAUAGUUGUUCGGACUGCCAAGCCCGCCAACCUGCACACAAGUGAUUGGCAGAAAAACGGAGUUGGACGCAACGUGAGCCACUCGUUUGGAUAUGGCCUGAUGGAUGCGGAUGCCAUGGUGGCUUUAGCCAAAAGGUGGACCACUAUACCACAGCAGAAAACUUGCAUGGUCAGAGCCCAGCCCAUGGACAAGUACAUAUCGCCCAAGAGUCACGUCGAGCUAAAACUGAAUGUGAACUGCGAAAACGUCCGCUUUCUGGAGCAUGUUCAAGCGAAGGUCACGUUGUCUGCAACACGGAGGGGUGACCUGCACAUUUACCUCACCUCGCCUGCGGGAACAAGGUCGACCCUCUUAGCCCAGAGGCCUCUUGACAAUUCUCGGUCAGGCUUCCAAGCCUGGCCUUUCAUGAGUGUCCACACGUGGGGCGAAAGCCCCAAUGGGCGUUGGAAGCUUGAAGUGCAUAACGAUGGACGAUACUUUGGAAAAGCCACCUUGAAGGAGUGGUCCUUGAUCUUGUACGGCACAUCCGAGGACCCUGACGUGUGGUCGGCGGGGGCCGGUGCACGCCCGCCGCCGCAGUACGGCGACGUCCCCAGUGGGCCGCAUGAGACGAACGAAAAGGAGGCACCUCCUACACCCGCGGCUCCUCAGACUCGAAAGACCACGACCAAGACACCGCCGACGCUUCGGCCAUCUCCACCACCUGUGCCCAUCUCGCCACCUGCCAAGGCAUUCCCCGUGUACAGGCCCAUGAAGCCUCCACCUUCGUUAGGCCGGCCGCCCAGUGAUCACGAGUCACUCGACAACUUCAUUCAUUCUGACUCACGCCGACCAGUGGAGAGUCCGCAGCCGGGACUGUCGGUGCACGGGACUCGGGAGAACCCAGCCCGUGGCACCGGCGUGUCCAGCAGCAAGCCCAUCGAAGGAAGUGGCGCGGCAGCGCACGGCUGUGGCGCUGGCAGGCCCUGCCUAGAAUGCCCAUAUCCCCAGUAUGCCACUUGGUCUGGCUGCGUCGACAAAUGCCCGGAUGGCACCUACCCGUCGCCGCCAUCCUCUUCACUGCCGCUAGCCGGUUCCUCCGAGAGAACUACAUCGCUCGCGUGUGAGCACUGCCAUUAUUCAUGUCGUGCAUGCCGAGGCCCAAGUGAUGACCAAUGUAUGCGCUGUUUCGGUGAUGCCGACUUGGUGGACGGCGGAUAUUGCCAGUCCAAGGUCCUUCUGGCGAGGCUCAACACUGCGGCAGUAUGGUACAAGGCCAUGACCGUCGCCCUGAUGACCCUUUGCGUGGUCAUCGUAUCCGUGGCCGGCCUUGUGCUGGUGACACAGACCAACUGCUUGACCACUUGUUGCGGUGGUCCUUCCAGCAGCCGAGAUGCCACGGGUGGCCGUAGUGCACGCUACUCCGGUUUGCCGAUGCACACGAGCACCUUUCCCGAAGAUGGCGUCAUACAGGCACCGGUGACACCGUACCGCUCCAAAGACAGUAGUACACCGAAGAUGCCCAAUGUCAAGCCUUACAGAGACGAUGACAUCUAAGAAGUCUAAGUCUUUUUUUCAGUGCAAGAAGCUGGCUGCUAAGUCACGUGUGGCAUGCAAAAAAGGAUGCAGUCUUGAAAAGCUGAGAGGUGACAUCUACUUGUGUAGUGUGUGAGCAGCCAAAUGCCAUGUACCAGUCGAGGUACCUCCUAGUAGUGAUAGCUGCAGAGGUAGUCUGCUGCUUGAAAAGGCCGUUGCAUUAAGACUCUAAGUCACAGUGCCUAGCAUUGUGCACCAUGUCUGCAGGCUAGCAGACUAUUUCAGGACUUGCUCCAAAGUGGCAUAUGACACGACUAGCUACAACCAUCCUUCACCAUUGACCGAAGUUCUUUCGUGUGAUGUGCGGUGUGGACUCGUAACUGAUUGAGCACUGUGCUAGCUCAUGGUUACAAGAGACUUAAAAGACCUGCCAUGCUGGUGCAUUAGUAAACGAAUGGACAAGCAGUGAUAAAAAGCUGCAAACAGACUUUUUCUGUUGUCAAACAGACUGCGAAAGAAACUGCGAUGCCGUGAGUUUAAAUGCGGCCUGUGAGCAUGGCAUGGCGCUGUGAUCUCCUGAGCGCAUUGCAUCUGCUGUUGAUUAGUGCAGAGGUGUGUCACUGUGGGUAGUAUUGCAUAGCUAUUAAGCCAAGUGUGAGUGACAUCACAUGAUCCUCACGUUAUGAGAUGAUUUUCAAGACCUCGAAGGUCUUGGCAGAUCAUUUAUGCUGCAAGGCGUUGCUUUGGGCAUGCAAACAGAGUUGGCCCAUUUAACUUAUGUGUCGAAGCGUGUUGUUACAUUUGCAGAGGUCGGUCAAAAGGUAACUGUAUUGUAGGAACAAACACAUAUGCACUUGUUUGGCUCUACAAAGCACUGAACACAGUUCCUGUGGUGCGUUCCACUGUUUGCUUUACAUAGGUUGAAAAAUUGUGUGAAGCAUUUACGCUUGUACUUCGAGGACCAACCUUUUUUGGCUUUACAUGAACAACACAAAAGUGAACCAAUGUUUUAUCGUCUUUUACGUUUACUCUAAAAUUUGUUUAGCUUGCAUUUUAUGCUGUCUUUCUAUAUACUUCUGUUUUCUGUUAUACCUACGCCUUUGUUUACACUAGCUUUUCUAGUCUGUUGAGCCGUAGGAUUCACUAGAACUUUCAAUUAAGUGUCUCUAAAAUAUCGAUCAAUCAUUCUGAAACAUUUUGUGCACAUUGUUUAAUAUACACUCUGCAAAUAGGCCAUGACCUUGUGCACUUUGGCAGUUGUACUGCAGAGCUGUUUUCUGCAAGAAAAAAAAAAUCCCGAUUGAAUCAU